UGUAAUGCGGGCUUAAACCAUCCUACGGCCGGCGGCCGGCGGAUCGAAAGGAAGAGCCGGAUUGAGUAGAAGACGAAGAAGGAAUCAGAAUCUUUGUUGAAUUUUGGCCAAGAGAGCUCUUUUAAUGGAUUCCCUUCACCUCCCGCUUCCUAUAAAUCCAGUCUCCUCCUCUUCUGCAAGGCUGCAGUUACAAACCAUCCAUCGAGUUUCUUGCUUUUCCCUCUUUCGGGAUUGGUACGUAUAUUCAGAGUUGGAGAUCGGGAAAGAGUUCGAUAAAUCAGUUCAACAUUACUUCGUAUUUCUUCUUCAAUAUUGUGGAAUAUUGCAGGGACUAGGCUAUAGAAGCAACUGGUCAAGAUGAAUGCAUUAGCUGCAACCAGUAGAAACUUCAAGAAGGCAGCUAAGCUGUUGGGCUUGGACUCGAAGUUAGAACGUAGCUUGCUAAUUCCUUUCAGGGAGAUCAAGGUUGAGUGCACAAUCCCUAGAGAUGAUGGUUCUUUAGCAUCAUUUGUGGGAUUUAGGGUGCAACAUGACAAUGCUAGAGGCCCCAUGAAGGGAGGAAUUAGAUAUCACCCAGAGGUUGACCCAGAUGAGGUGAAUGCCUUGGCACAAUUAAUGACCUGGAAGACUGCCGUAGCAAAUAUCCCAUAUGGAGGAGCCAAAGGUGGAAUAGGAUGUGCUCCUGGAGAGUUGAGUCUUUCAGAGCUUGAGAGACUCACGCGAGUCUUCACACAAAAGAUACAUGAUCUAAUUGGUAUUCAUACUGAUGUUCCGGCGCCAGAUAUGGGAACAAACCCACAGACAAUGGCGUGGAUACUAGAUGAAUAUUCCAAAUUUCAUGGCUACUCACCUGCUGUCGUUACUGGGAAACCUGUUGAUCUUGGUGGAUCUUUGGGUAGAGAUGCAGCUACGGGAAGGGGAGUUCUAUUUGCCACACAAGCUCUGCUUGCGGAGUAUGGGAAGAGCAUCUCAGAUCAGCGUUUUGUCAUACAGGGGUUUGGAAAUGUGGGUUCAUGGGCUGCUAUUCUUAUCAGUGAAGCUGGUGGGAAAGUUGUCGCAAUUAGUGAUGCUAGUGGAGCAGUUAAAAACAGUAAUGGCCUGGACAUUGAGAAAUUACAUAAAUAUUCCAUAGAGAAUCGUGGUGUUAAAGGUUUCAGUGGUGGAGAUUUAGCUGAUCCAAACUCGCUAUUGACUGAAGACUGUGAUGUACUUAUUCCAGCUGCGCUUGGUGGUGUUAUUAACAGGGAAAAUGCAAAUGACAUAAGAGCUAAAUUCAUUAUUGAGGCAGCCAAUCAUCCAACCGAUCCAGAGGCCGAUGAGAUUCUGUCAAAGAAAGGUGUAAUUAUUCUUCCAGAUAUCUUUGCAAAUUCUGGUGGCGUUACUGUGAGUUAUUUUGAGUGGGUUCAGAACAUUCAAGGAUUUAUGUGGGAUGAAGAGAAGGUGAACUCUGAGCUGAGGACUUACAUUCUCAAAGGUUUCAAGGAUGUUAAGGAUAUGUGCAAAACCCAUGACUGUGAUCUACGAAUGGGAGCCUUUACCCUUGGGGUUAACCGAGUUGCUCGAGCUACAGUACUAAGAGGUUGGGAGGCCUAACUUUUUAAGUUUUUUAGUCACUCUUCAACAGAGUCAUCAAGUUUGUGCAAUGACACUUUACUCAGUUUGUAUCCCUUAGAUUAUGCAGGCAAUUUUGUUCAAGAUUUUUUAGACUGUUAUUUAAGUCAUCUUGUGAUGCUAUAUUUUGUUGUGAAAUAAAGCAUUAAUAAUGAUGCUGUGUUGUUAAAGUUUUCGAUUGAUAAUUUGAAGGUUCAGAUUAUAUGA